UGACAGGACCUCUAUUUUUUGGACAGAGGUUUGACAAGGCUAUAAAAGAAGCCGACACUCUGGCUGCAGGCAGAACAGAGAGACAGAGAGACAGGGAGCAUCUCAGGAGAAGACCAGUGGACUUAACUCUACCUCCAGUUACCUGCAGUGAGAUUAAACUACAUCCUAUCAAAGAAGAAAAAUGGUCCUGCACAGUGUUGAGGAACUGGUGACCGGUAAGAGGUCAGAGGGCAAAGAGGCGGCGGCCAACUUCCAAGACGGCGUGUACGAGACAGCUGUCCAUCAAGAGAAGCAGGAUGACCGCAGGUCCCACAAAGAGCUGGCGGAGGAGAACGACAGCGGCAGGGAACAGGAAGAAGUCAGCGUGGCUGCUCUCAAUACGGAUAAAAGCGGCAAACUGAAGCUGGAGACAGUGGACGACCUGUUCAACAUCCUGCAGCUGAGGAAGAGGAGGAGGGAGAGGAAGACUCCCAUCCGCAAGAAACGAGAGCCGGAGCCUGAGUUCGUGCCAGAGAUUGUGGAUCAGAAGCUGUUCCUGACAGCAGCCAUGGAGAACAAAAUGGCUGUAGUGGAGAAGUACCUGAGUGACGGAGGAAACCCCAACGUAGCCGACCAUUUCCAGAGAACAGCACUGCACAAAGCCUCGUACAAAGGACACGUGGAGGUGAUGAAGAAGCUGCUGGAGGCCGGAGCUGCCAUCGAGAAAAAAGACAAGCUGGAGGCCACAGCGGUCCACUGGGCCUGCAGAGGAGGCAGCCUGCCGGCCCUGCAGCUCCUCCUCGACCAGGAAGCCAAGUUCACUUCCAGAGACAAGUUGCGCAGCACUCCUCUCCAUGUAGCUGUGAGGACAGGACACUAUGAGUGUGCUGAGCAUCUCAUUCACUGCGGAGCAGACGUCAACGCCAAAGACAGAGACGGAGACACGCCCAUGCAUGAUGCUGUGAGAAUAAACAGAUUCAAGAUGAUCAAGCUGCUGAUGAUGCACGGAGCCAGUCUCAAAACCAAGAACUGUGAUGGAAAAACUCCGAUGGAAACGCUGUAUUCAUGGCAGAACGGAGCCAAGAGCCUCCUGUGUAACUUCAGCGAGUAGAAACCAGUAGAAUCAUGAGUUUCAGCCACAGAAUGUACUGGAUUAUCA